GAGAGGAAUAGAAAUGAACAGCGCCAGACCCGUUGCUCUUUAGACAUUGGUUAUGGAUGAUAUUCUCAGUCGCCUGCAGCUGUCCAAAUAUUCAUGCAGAAGCUGGUGAAAAUUAUACCUGCGCACCACUUAACGAUGACGUGUCUUUGGUGCCCUCUGGUGGGUUCCUGCGUCUUUUUUCUGUCGUUGCCAUUGGCUACACGUCAAAACAACUUGGCACAAAAUGUGCUUCUGUCUAUUCGGCUGCAGAUUAGAAGUCUAGAAUCAACAGGGGAAAUAAAUAUUUAAAAAAUAGCCUACACAGCGAUGACAGGGACCAAGAAAAAGGCGAAGAAAAAGAAGAGAAUAAAUAAAAAGACUGCAAAAGCUGCGGGCACCAAAGUCGUGCUCGCGGAUGCAAUUACACCUCUUUACGUUCCUCCACCGCCCGUGCUGGGGCAAAAGCUUUUAGAAGUUCUACAAGGAUGGAAGGAAGAGAAGACACAGGUGAGCGGAGUGCAUGCAUCAGACAGGGCUGCACAGAAACUCUCAAGACAGGAGAUUCAAGAUCUGAAGAUGGUCUUCAAUCUUAAGGACAAUAAAAAGACUGGGUAUAUCAAUGAGACUGAGGCUCUCAAACUACUGCGAAUUCUCGGGUUUGCUGCAGAUAAUCAUUGGAUGAAAAGGACUCUGACGAUCUUGGGUCACCCCGACGCAGGCAAUGUUCAAAAUACAUCAAAAGUCAGCUUCAGUGAUUUUUUGGAACUUGUCGUUGAGUUUGAUGGAGAUGGAAGAGACAUCUGUGAAGAAAUUGAACAAGGAUUCAAGCAUUUAGACUGCGAUAACGAUGGGAAAAUAACAUUUGAUAAUCUGAAAAAAACCUGUCAGUCAGUGGGCAUUCAUUUCUCACAUCAGAAGCUGCGAGAGAUGAUCGCGGAAGCGGACACAAAUGGGGACGCUGCAGUGGACCGUGAGGAAUUUACAAACAUCAUGUUAAAGACCAAUCUGUUCUGAAGUACUGGACCGCUUUGAAAUAAAGUGAUAUGUGUAGUUUCUGAACAGAAUCAGCCCAGUUAAUUCACAAAAAAUGUUUGUCGAGUUAACUGCUGCACUUCAAAACACAGUGCCACUCUAUAAAGCAGAAAUUUCAAGCACGAUGACAGUUUUGUU